AUGCGCCUCAAUCAGGGGGUGGCUUUGACAGAGGUGGAUGCUGGAAUUCUGGAGCAGGUCCUCGACAUUGGAAGCGUCGUUAUCAUGGCGGGUCCGCCCGAGUCAGUCGAAGCAAACAUGCAGCUGUCGGCUUUCCGGCGCCGCCAGCCCGACCUCCUCGUCCUCCCAACCCUGAGCCCCACGGAUGUGGCCAUGCUCAUCGCCGCGGAAGUCGAGAAGCGCGGCUACGAGGGAGUCGGAGAGGGGGACGUGGGCACCAAGCAAUUGAUCACCGUGCUGGAGCACAUCGUCCGUCAGCGCUUUGACGAGAAGCUCAUCCGUGAGAAGAAUGGCCAUCUGGCCCGGGACGUUCUCGACCUGGCCAUCUCCCGGAAGAACGACCGCACCUGGGCGGACAACCUGGACUCCUCGGAGCGCUUCAGGCUGACCCCCAUGGACUUCGGCCUCGAUCCUCCGACUUGCCUGCAGCUUUCGCGGAUUUUUUUGUGUGAUGUGGAUGUCUGGGUUCAUGUGGGGUUCUAUGCCUGCUCUUCGCUGAUGGCGCAACUGGCUAAGGAUGUGCUGACUGCGGAGCAGAGAGAGCGGCGAAUGAAAGAGGUGGAAGCGGAAAUAUCCCAACUCGUGGGCUGGGGUUCGGAGGAGGACCGUCUUUCACUGACGUCCGUGUGGUUCUUCUCUCUAUUUUGCUCAGCGUGGUGCGUGGGCAGCACAGUGCAGGACCCUGGCAAUGCUCGGCACUUCUUCGCGCAGCUGCGCCGCCAGCUGGGGGGGACAGGACCUCGGGGAAGUGGCGCAGUGGCUGCUGCUGCCGGCGGUUCCGCGGCACUGGCCGGUGCGCUGCACAUGCCAAGGGCACUGUGCGUCUCUGCCAACGCAGGAUCCGGGCGCGAGACUUUUGUUCGCUUGGCAACAUGCUUUCUCAGAGCGGCUGGCGCGAUCAGUCGCGAAGAAGUGGUUUGGGUUGACGCCCAAGAGCUGGUGGACAAGGGCGAUCCCACCGACAUCAUUGCUGGACGCAUUGCAGCUGCUGAGCAUGGCUGCCUGGCCAUAAAGGACGUCGAUGCGCUGGUGGACUCCCGUGACGUGGUCCGAGCACUGGCUGCGGCUCUUGGGAAUAUCGACGGCGCCAGCAGCGGAACCACCCUCUUCGUCAUCCUCGGCACCCAGCAAGGCCUCGCAAGGAUUGCACGCAUGGAGCCGUCCAUCGAGGCCCGCUUUCCCACGCAAGUCUCGAUUCCGGACUUCACGGCGGUGGAGCUGGUGCAGUUUAUUGAGAAGACCGCGGCGCACCUACCCUCUGGAGCCCUGGCCUUCGAGGAGCGCUUGGCCGCGCGUCUCACGGAGCACAUCAACGAGGUCUUCGGUGGAGGGGGCCAAGGCAAGGAGCUGGGCGAGAGGGGCAACUUGGCCUUGGCUAGGAGGCUCCUACAGCGAGCCGUGCAGAACCGGAUCACAAGGCUCUUCAACAGGAUCCAAGAGGGCGAGACGCCUGGAGAGGUCCCGGAGAGUGAGUUCCUGACACCUGCAGACUUCGAAGUGGGCGCUCCGAUUGGGGAAGGCAAGGAGCAGAAAGAUGCGAUUGAUGAGGAGGUGAGCAACCUGGUAGGGAUGACCAAAGCCAAGGAGUGGUUCGCACAGGUUCGGCAGAAGGUGGCCUUUGUGGAGCAAACAGGCACCAGGAGCGACCUGCGUGUUUGCUUGAACAUCAUCAUCACUGGCAACCCCGGCACUGGCAAGACGACCUUCGCGCGACUCCUGGCGCGCUUCUUCCACACGUACGGAGUGCUUCCGAAGGACAGCUUCGUGGAGAAGAACGGCCUGGAGCUCAAGGCGGAGUUCAUGGGCGGGACCGCGCCACGGGUGAAAGCGGCGGUCCAGGAAGCCAUGGGAGGCUGCCUCUUCCUGGAUGAGGCCUACGCCCUGAUGGACUCUGCUGCUGGGGUCGGUGGCGCGGGCGAUGCGUUCUCCCAGGAGGCCUUAAGGACGCUGCUAACAGAAGUCGAGAACCACCGCACAAAUUUGAUGGUCGUGCUGGCCGGCUACAAGGAGAAGAUGGGACGACUCAUGCGUGCUGAAGAAGGCUUAGCCAGACGAUUUCCUAACCGCCUGCACCUGGACGACUACACACCCGGCGAGCUGGCCUACAUUUGCGAGACCUGUGCCAGGCACCGGCACCAACGUGAGUUCGAACCCGGCUUGCGGGAGAAGCUGGAGAAGCACAUCGAGAAUUUCUUCUGGCGCGACAUUGCUCAGCAGAAUGCAGGACUGUCGGUGAAUUUGACAGAGAAGGCCCUGGACAGGCAGAUCGUUCGAAUCGUGGCGAAGUACCCUGAGGCGUUUGCGCAGAUGUCCCUGCCUGCGAAAAAUCCAGCCCCGGGCUCGCCGCAAGAUGCACCCACGCUGUCCCGACAACGGAGCGGGCGGAGCAUCCAGGACGUGAAGGCAGAGGUGGCCGUUUUCACAGCUGCAGACUUCGGCAUCGAGGAGCGCCCGACCAUGGGCGACCCGGAGUUGCGGAAGCGCGUGCAGGAGGAGGUGGAACGCCUCACAGGCAUGGCAAAUGUCAAAGCCUUCUUUGCCGAGCUCUCUCGGACGGUGGCUUUCGUCGAGCGCGGGGGAGAUCCGCGUGUGCUUCAAACUAGCCUCAACUUGCGGCUGACAGGCAACCCUGGGACCGGCAAGACGACGGUCGCCCGGCUGAUCGGCCGGUAUCUGUAUGCCCACGGUGUGCUUCCACGCGACACCUUCGUCGAGCGGAAUGCUCUGGCUCUAAAAGGACAGUUUGUGGGUCAAACAGCCCCUACAGUGGCGGAAGCUGUGCGUGACGCAAUGGGAGGAUGCUUGUUUAUUGAUGAGGCAUAUGCGUUGGCAGACCGGGGAGGAGACAAAUUCAGUGGAGAAGUGAUCCGCACCCUCUUGACAGAGGUGGAGAACCAUCGCACAGGGUUAUUGGUAGUCCUGGCAGGGUAUGCGGACAAGAUGGACGUGCUGAUGGAUUCGGACCCGGGACUGCGGCGCCGGUUCUCCUUGGUCCUGCAACUGGAAGACUACAGCGCCGAAGAGCUGGCGGAGAUCUGUGAGCACGCAGCGCAAGAUCGCUUUAAUCUUUCAUUCGCGCCCGGCCUUGGGGCAGCCUUGGCGGGGCACAUCCAACAGCAGCAUGGAACCGAGAUCUCGCAGCACAAUGGAGGACUUGCGGUGACUCUUGCCGAAAGAGCUUUCCGCCGCUUGGCGACGCGCUUGGGAGACCCCACGUCGCAGCUUGCAGUCAGCGGCAUGGCUUGUGACCGAGGCGAGCUUCCUGCCUCGCCGGAGACUCGGCGAAGCCGACCGCCCAAGCGUGGGCGGCCCCCAUGGCAGGAAGCAGUGGGCUCUUUGGCGCGGGAGAUGGCAGCAGAGCUGCUCAAAGGUGUGGCCAUGAAGGCAGACGACAUGCUGGACGAAGACGAGCCUGGUGGCUCUGCUCCUUCCAGAGAUGAUCAUGUCAAGGCUGUGGCCAAGGCCCUUGCCAAGGGCAAAAACCGCGAGAGGCCCAAGGAGGAGGUGAAGGAGGAAGAGAAACUGCCCCAGCAAGAAGGGGAGAAGGUGGUGGAGGAGAUGUCGACGCUGGAUGCGCUGGACUGUCUUGGCCUCUGCCCAGCCAACUUUGAGUGGUUUGAGCUGAAUGUAGCCAAUCCGCCUGACGAAAACUGUGGGAUUUGCCAUUACCGGCUGUCUGACGGCUACCGAUGUGGAGGUGGCACCCACUACGUGUGUAUGGGCUGCAUUGACGCCUACAAGACGCGACAUGCCAGCUGA